AGCUCUUCUCUUGACUGCCAACUGCACGUCACGCUAUUUAUCUCGAAGAGCAGAGAAUCCACGGCCAGGCAAACUCGGAUCGCGCUCCGUGACUCGCAUCUGCUAUGACAAUGAAUCUGUGGGAGAUGGUGUCCUUCAGCUGCCUGAGAAGUCCUCCUGCGGCUUGAUGCGGUCUCCUUCGCCUUGACUGGAUCGCCUGUCCAACACCACAGUCCUCUCACAAAUCAGGAACGACCGCCGCUGUAAGUCGCACCUGCUCCUCGAGAUUCGAUAGAAACUCCUUCAGGUGCUGGUGCCCUUUCUCCCAAUUACUGCUGAUCGAGUUUGAAGAUGGAGGAGGGCACUGUAGAUGAUGUCCCGACUCUUUCCAUCAUCCCUUACGACAACAACCGUGAGAUCGUGCUCCGUCACGCAGACACGAUUGUUUACCGUGACCCGAGAACGAACCAACUUGUUCCGUUCCAUCGAAACCAAGACAUAGAACGACGCACCAACGACUGUCCAACCUGUGGUCGACCCUGGCACGGCCCAGGACCCUCAAGCACCCAAGAGCCCGGAUCAAGUCCAAUGGAAGACCAGCCGAGUUUCAUCACAGAGGGCUACUUCGAAAUGCUCGCACGGAGUCUACCUGGCUCCAACGAAACAUCUGCACCUCCCUCUCCAAGACGCCGCAUCGUCCAGCCGGUACGCUCCCGGCUUCAUCCUUCCUCAGCCGCGGUGUCUCCACCCCCCAAUGCAGAGUUCAUCGCCAGCGCCCCGGUGCCUGCCAGUCAGGCCCAUGGGAUCUCGGAGACGGCUUUUUCCCCCAACUACUUUGAGAAGUUCUUUGUGGAGGAAAGAGAGCUCGGAAGAGGCGGCCGAGGCGUCGUGCUCUUGGUCAAACACGUCCUCGACGGCGUUACCCUCGGCCACUUCGCUUGCAAACGCGUCCCCAUUGGAGAUGACCAUGCAUGGUUGGAGAAAGUUCUAGUCGAGGUCCAACUUCUGCAGACCUUGUCGCACCAAAAUCUGGUCUCCUACCGCCACGUCUGGUUAGAAGACUUCCAGAUCAGCACGUUUGGCCCGAGCGUACCCUGCGCGUUUAUUCUGCAGCAAUACUGCAACGGGGGCGAUAUGCAGAACUACGUCUUAGGCUCGGCACAAGCUUCCACGACGACGCAAGAACUCAAAGAACGAAUUCGUCGCAAGUCGAGGGGGGAAACGGACCUUCCUCGGCGCGCAAAUGAACCCAAAAAGUUACACUUCGACGAGAUUUACAAUUUUUUCAAAGACAUUACCUCGGGCUUGAGGCACCUUCAUCAUAACGGCUUCAUUCAUCGAGACCUGAAACCGAGCAACUGCCUGUUACACACGGUUGGUGGCGAAACCAGAGUCCUGGUUAGCGACUUCGGCGAAGUCCAGUACGAAUAUGCUACUCGAAAAUCCACCGGUGCUACAGGGACUAUAUCCUACUGCGCUCCCGAAGUGCUUCGACGCAUCUCUCCGGGCGGGCCUUUUGAGAACUUUACGUCCAAGUCCGACAUCUUCUCGCUGGGCAUGAUCCUACACUUCCUCUGUUUCGCAACCCUGCCUUACAACUCCGCAAACGUCCUUCAUGAAGAGCGCGAAGACGUAGACGAAUUGAGAGAAGAGAUUACUAACUGGGGAGGAUUUGACGACCAGCGCAAAUUGCGUCCCGAGCUACCGCCGGCUCUUUACUCUUUUCUCAAGCGACUCUUGUCCCUGAAUCCAGAUGAACGGCCAAGCGCAGACGACGUCCUCCAGGUCGUUUCGUCCGGUCGACUUGAUGACAUUCCCGCUGCGCGGAGGCGAAACUCAAUGGAGCCAGAGGAGUUGACGCCGGGCCGACGGAUUCAAAAGUUGGAUACACCACAGAAAGGGAACUCCCCACAGGGUAGACCAAGCCUUGAUAUGGGAUCCAGGUCGAAACGAUCAUUCUUCAGGGCUACGAGGUCUGUGUCUCAAGAGCCGAAAAAUGCCGAAGCAGUCAUCAGUGAUCACGGUUACACAAGCGGCAGCGAAGCGGACCGUGAACAACGUGCACCCAAAGCCUCCAUGUCGACACGGCGCGAGUCUGGCAAUCUCAGGCUUAAUAGCACUAUGAUCCUGCGAGCCAAACGGGCCUCAGCGUCUCUCCCUUCCUCCCCUCUAAAAAAGUCUCCCACCACUUCCCCAGUCCGGCAACAGCUUCUCCUCGAACCCGCACAACAGCUCGAUCGAUCAGCUCUUUCUCUCUUCCUCGAUCGAAUCUAUACUUUCCUCAACGCGCCUAUCACUUCUCCCUCUACCCGUCUGGCCAUACUCGGUGUAAAAUUAUUCAUCACUCUCCAACCUUGCCUAUCUCAGGGCAUGAAUGCGAUAGUCGUCUAUCCUAUCAUUGCCACCGCAUUACUUGAGUUUUCGCUGACACAUUUACGGAUAUGGAAAGCCUUAAUCGCUAUGCUGGCCCACGUCUUUGUGCUUUCGUUCGCAUGGAGAACGGAUAGGUUGUGUCAAGGCUCGAACGGUGGGUGGAUGCACUGGGACGACGGUGACUGAGAAUUUUGAGCCCAUAUAUAUCAAGAGCACAAAAAGCAUGUUUUGACCGAUCCAGGGAGGCUCGAGUUGCUUGGUCGGAGGAACACACAAUGUCUUUUGCUUCCCAUUGCGAAGAUGUACCCUCCCGAUGCCUAUGAACCCCAUGCAGGUCUCGCUAUCGACCCCAUCGGUCUGCCUCGACCGACUCGUGGUAUUCCUUACCUUGCCUGCGAUCGACCUCCUCAGGGGUGCGGAACGCCCCUUCUCCUCGCCUUGCACCAAUACCCGUCAAUUGUAAUAGGCAAAUAUCUCAAAUGGGAAGCUGAAAAACGUCAUGUCAACACUAUCAGGCCUCAUUGGAAGUGAGGCCUGUGGGCAUAGGGGCUUAUGUGAAUCUGUUCUGGGUCUUCUUGCAGCGGAAUGCGGUUACGAGGGUGUUGUCACCCGAACCAAGAUAAACACUAAUACACAUCCUUCCACAACCAGCGAAACGGCACGGUUAUGUUCAUGGUAUCUAAGUGCAGUGGCUUGACAUACGACUUCGUGUCACUAACAUGCCUGGUUGAAGGGGCGCUGAACGUCAUCCAUUCCACAUAAUGUC